AUGCCGGUGAGCCAGUCCUCCCAGGCCUGUGUUCCAGUUUCCAGCAUUCCUGGACAUGCUCCUAUCAGCAAUGAACCCCAGGAAAAGAAGCUAAUCCCACACAGAUGCCUCCAGGCCUGUAGGGAACAAGAGUCCCUAGCAGUGAUUCUGCCUCAAUUCAGAUUAACAGAAACAUCUCAAGAGAAAUGCAGGCAUGCUCACUCACAACACUCUGAGUUCAAUGGCCAGACCAGAAAGGAUCUGGAAGAGACUGAAUUGAGUUACUCAGGAAUUUCCCUUGAGAGGAGUCCAGCAAAUUUUCCUCUAAUGAAGGACAUGGGAAAAAGUUUUGGACACAGCCUGGGAAAGGGCUCAUCAGAAAACCCAUCAGUGGUCUCAGAAAACUACAUAGCAAAGGGCCAGGGCACUACUUCUGAGGACAUAAAAGGUGAUUGGGUAUAUCACUCAAGGAAAGACUCAGGAAAUAAAUUACAAAGUAUCAUAAAGGAAAACAUAGAUGAGGAUCAGAUGAAAAUGAUCUUAAAAUUACAUUUGAUCAAGAAAUUUUGGCAGAUCCAUGAGUGCAGGAUCCCUUUAGGUGUCUGUCAUUCAUGGCUUGCUGAUGAGAGUACAUUGUCUCUUUCUGGAAAUUCCCAUGACAAUGCAGAAAAUAGAAAAAUGGUACCAUCAGAAAGUAGGAAAUACUGCCAGAUUACCACUCUGAAGGCAACCUUCCUUGAUCCUGACACUCAACAGGUACUAGAAGCCCACAUUAUAAGAUUUCGAGUGAGUCAGAAAUGGGGACUACCUCUCAAGGUCCGUGAAUCCAUAAAACUCUAUACAUUGAGAGAAGCCAAAUCAUGGCCUCUUGCACUAUUUGACUUCCCCUCCUCCGCCACCCUUAUUUCUAGGGUGGAUUCCAAAGCCAAGGUUUCCAAGCCUAUUGGAGAACAACCUCAAACUUUACAGGGAGACAAGGUGUUAACAACAAAUUCAGUCCCCUUCCUGAAUUGUCUUCUCCCUGACAUCUCACCUGAGGGCAAGGAAGGGCAAGAGACCCUGAAACAGUCUCCCCCACAUAUCGAUCAUGCACUUACAGAUGAUUUCCAGACAAUUGAGCAUGGGAGGCAGAGUUUUCUGCCCCUGAAACACAGUUUCACAGACAAAACAAAUCAGAGUGAGAAUGUAAUACCCAACAGACAGGACUCAGAGUUGCUCACAAGUCAAGCUGGGGCUGGACAUGAGCCAAGGAAAAAUCAAGUGAGUUCAAGUGAUAGAGGAGAAAAUCUUCAGGGCAAAAAGAUGUUGGAGGAGAAUUUAGAACAUUUUUCCAUAAGCAACGUGUCCAGGGAGAUAUUCAAGGCUAAAGAGCUUCUUGCUCUUCAAUCAAAAUCUAGUGACAUUUUGACAAGGAGAGAGCUGGGAAACUCCCAAAUGACAAAUAUGAGUACGAGUAAAAUAGAAACUACCCUAACCACUGAAGUCCCACCAAAGCCAAGAACAUCAGUUCCCCAAGAUCCUGAACUAUUAUCACGUCUUCAAAAACAGCUGAUGAGUAAGUCUAACUUUACAAUGGAGGGCCAGGAGCACAGUCAGGCUCAGGGCUCUUUCACUGACCUCUCUCUUACCUCAGACAGUUUGAUUUCCACUGCCUUCUUAAGGCAUGCCCACAGAGUACCCUGUAGGUACAUGGCAGCUUGCCAGAGGCUGAAUAUCCAUGAACGGGGCAAAAGUAUCACCAUGGAGCAGAGGCAGAAGCAUUGGGUCUCUAAGCAUGUUUUAGGGAAAUGCCAAGAUCAGAAUUUCCCACCACUUCCAAACAGAGGGAGCUCUCAGGGAACCAGAACAAGGAAGUAUGAAAGAGAGGGUUUAGGAUUAGAGACAUCCAAACCCAGAAGCAAGAGCCACCCUGCUCAGGCCAAUAAAUUAGAGGAGACCCUUGGGGGCACCUCUUCCCAGGCCCUGUCACAGAAAGAAGAGCUUUCUCCAGAGAAUUUCUUCAGAAGAAAGAUGAGGCAAUUUUUUCAGUGGAUCCAUUCCAAGAGGCAGGUUAGUCUCCUGCAAAAAGUCAAGUUAAUGUUGGCCCCUGCACAGCCCCAAGACCCAGUGGACAGGAUGAACUGUGGGGCUACUGAAGCUCAGGAGCUCAUGACAGCCAUUGGGAAGAUGUUGGAGGAGAAACUGGGAUGCAGGCAAGGACCUCAGCACAAGGCAGAACUGCAAGCUCAGGCAAAGUCUACUGAGGGGCCUUCCUCCAACAACAGUGCUACCACCUCUCCAGAGCAAAGGAAAAUGUCCAGUACCAACAUAGGCAGCCAAAAAGCUGUCCCUUCUGGCCAGAGCUGUCCUACAAGUGAUAGAAAGAUUGAAGAUAGGGACAGAGUUCCCCAGAAAAUUAAGAGAUUCAAAGGCCAGCUAUUGGCUGAGGGAUUUCCACCUUCCUUAUCCUCCAGGGAUCCUGUGUCCCAUCAAGACCCCACAAAGCAUGCAUCAAAUAUGCCAGGUAACUCAGGCCACUCUCCUCUCUGA